AUGGUGUCUCUCAAGAACUACUGGAGUUACAGCAGGGUGCCAGGAUGCCCUGAUCAUAAAUGGGAGGAAAUGAAUUCAAAACAGGCCAAAAACAUUACUUACCAGCAAGCAGUACGUGAAAUGCCACAAGAUCCUGCUGCUCGCUGGACUAACCCCAAUUACCGUAAUGGAUUUAUUUCAUGGAGGAAUACAGGAGGUUUCCAAGAUAACCAGCUUACAAAUGAAAAGCAUACGGAUGAAAAGCCUAUGAAAGGUAUUGCUAUGAGUUCUGUCUCAGAAUUCAGCAUUACAGAUGCUUCAUCAAAGGAUACCGAAAAAGAGAAGAAAUUGUCAGGCUCUAGCACAUCAUCCAUUUCUUCCCUGGGGAAAUGCAGAAAAUUCACCUACAUUGAAGAUGAUGCAUCAGUACAUCAGAGAGACAGUGACGAUGAAUGCGCAACACUUAUCCUGGCCUGCUUGUUCUGCCAGUUUUGGGACUUUCUUAUAAUGCUGCCUGAUACCUGUGAACAUUGGCUGAUAGAUACCUGUUGUCCAUCCAAUAGAUACUACCAGACCUCCAAUGAAGACCACGCCAACAACGACUGCAACUGUGACUGUGACAUUGACUGCAGCCUUUUUGAGUCCUGCCAUGAGACUAGCGAGUGCCUGGAACUUGCCUUGGAGAUUUCGGAAGUCUGCUAUCGCUAA